AUGUUUUCGUAUUCAUUCACAAAUCUUCUGGGGGCACCCUUCGACAGCGCUCAGGCGCGCAUUGCUUUCGACAAGCGCGUACAGUGUCUGUACACCCCAACAAGCAAUAGGGUCGCAUGCUACCGCCUCCACACCCAGGACCAUUCUGCAAAUGCACUCGUUUCUAGUCUUUCUUCGACCUCGGAAGCGUCAGCAUCGAGUCAGAACCGAGGGUCCUCUCAAAGGCGCUUAGAACAGGAGGGCCGAGAAGAUGGAAUCUCUCAGGAGGAUUCGCACCAUGCGGACCAGACGACGGGUAGCAGCGGAGUCUUCACUUUGCCUUUUGAGGCUCGUGUGGAUGUUGCCUGGUUCGCCAUUAGAUCAGACAAUCUGCUAGCCAUCUGUAUCGAUCUCCACGGUCAGGGCAUGGUCGUCAACCUUGCAAAGGGCUGUGUCGUGAACCGAAUUCAAUUCAAAAGCAAUACCAGCGCCGAACAGAAACGGAAAUGGGACGCAGUGAAAGACCUCCAGCAUGCUGUUACCGGAGCUGCCUUUUCCCCAGAUGAUCGCUUCUUCGCCGUCGCUGUCGGACGAUCUGUUCAGGUCUGGCAUGCUCCCACAGCCCGCCAUGCGUAUCAGCUUCGCCUUCUCCGAACCAUGACUCUUCACCAGCAGACGAUCACCACGCUGUCAUGGUCCCCGGACUCGACUCACCUGGUGACUGGCAGUUUGGAUUGCACUGUGCGACUGUGGCGAGCGAAAGCAGCCAAGUCUGCCUUCGUUUCUACGUCAGUUUCUGCGGAAGGCAACGGCGCGGAGGGUCUGGUUAUCCGAGAUGAAGAAGAGAAUAUAACGCGACCUGAUGGGGGGGUGCUAGAGGAAGAGAAGGGGAACUUUGGACGUCCUGGAAGUGGAUCACACAAGAAAUCAGAGCCAGGAGAGACAUGUGGAGACGACGAGUUCAUACCCGUCGCGUUUGUCUCCCAUAAGUAUCCCCUUCGAUUCGCGUGUUUCUCCGGCUGUCUCACACGCAUCAUAUCUGUCAACCGUGAGGGAGGCAUUGUCUUGUGGAAAUGGACUGAGAAACAGCGAACUGAAGAGGAACACGAAAUGGUCCGUCUGAAGCUUCUCAAGUGUGAUCCUACCGCGGAAACUCAGUCGCUAAAAAAAAGAUUGAAGAAGAGGAGAAAGGCCGGAGGAGAUGCGUAUGUUAUUCAUCCUGGGCGCCGCGAGUUGGGACGGAAAUUGCUUGAGGCAAGGAACCAGCGAAAGGCCGAGCUCAACCAAGGGAGCUGUAGCGAUGAAGACUCUGAGCCGACAUCGGACGAAGAACAGGAGGGGAGCGCUACGGCCGGGGACAGGGCUGGAGAUCAGAAAACCAGGAAGCGACGAUCUGGAGAGCCCCAGGCUUCGAGUGGUUCGUCUUCUGCGCCAGUCAACUACAUGCGCGGUGUGUGGAAGACGGAGACAAAGGCUCUCUGUUCAUUAGGACGGGGGCACCACGUAACCCAAGCGUGUACUAACCUCAGUCCCUACUAUUCUGCCUCGUAUCCUUGCUCUUCCUCCCCUUCGCAGUACCUCUUGGUGGCUUUCUCGGGAGGUGCUUUCCAGUUGUACGAACUCCCCACGCUCGCUGUCCUCUGUAAGCUGUCUCUCGGCUUGGCGUCUCUGGAUGCCAUCACGCUCUCUUUUGACGGCGAAUGGAUUGGCGCCCUGGCGGUGGAGUCGCAGACGCUAGUCGUCUGGGAGUGGAGAAGCGAGACGUACGUUCUUCGCCAGCAGUCGCAUGCACAUGGCCUUCGCGCGGUCGCGUUCUCGCCCGCAGGCGACGCCGCGCUCUCGGGUGCCUCUCGCAUUGGGGCCAAGGCCGGCGUAGGCGGGGCAGCGCAGCAGUUCCAAGGAGCUGGGGGAAGCCUCGGGCUCGGCAACUCCCGAGGAAUUGUCGCCACAGGGAGCACAGACGGCCGCGUCAAGCUCUUCGAUGCAGAAACAGGCUUCUGUUGCUGCAGCUUCGCCGACCACGCAGCCGCCGUCACAGCCCUGGUGUUUGCACCCGGCGGCAACGCGGUCUUCACCGCCUCGCUUGACGGCACAGUGCGGGGCUACGAUCUCCUGCGUUACCGCCAGUUCCGUAUCUUCACGGCGAAACCCGGGCGAGCGGAUGCAGGGUUUGGGGCCAGUGGAGCCGCCUCCAAGACGUCGCUUCUCGCGGACCUACCCAGCGGCAGUGUGCAGUUCUCCUCGCUUGCCAUUGACGCCGGCGGCGAGCUUCUGGUCGCAGGCGGCCAGGGGAGCGUGUAUUCGGUCUUCGUUUGGAGCAUCCAGACAGGCAAAGUAGUCGAUGAGCUGACCGGGCACGAGGGGCCCAUCGUCGCGGUCGCCUUUCAUCCGCAUCCGAAUAAGCAGGGACUGGUUGUCACAGGAAGCUGGGACAAAAAAGUGUGGGACCUCUACGCGCGGCGAUCUCACGGCGGAGCCCCCGAGACUCUCCAGCAGGCAGGAGGCGUUCUGUGCCUGGCCUUCGAUCCUCGCGGCUCGGAUCUCCUCGCGGUGGGCGGAGAAGGCGGCCGAGUCAUCCUUUGGGACACUUCGCUCGGAGGCGACGAAGGCGUCGUCGCGACUCUCGAUCUCGUUCGGGACAUCCAAGGAGGCCGCGCCAGUCAGAACGACCGCCGAGCAAGGAACAACUGGGUUUCAAAAGAGAAGAAGGAGGCUCUCGGGAACACAGCAGGACUGGACUUGAACGUAUCUGUGGACUCUCUCGCCUUCUCGUCCACGGGCAGUCUGUUGCUUGUCGGCAGUCGACACUGCGCGACUACUUUCUUGUACGAGGCGCGAAGUGGCGCCCUCCUGGCGAGGUUCUCGCUGACGCGGAAUCGUCUGCUUGAUGGGAUCCUAAGAGAGUUGAAUUCCCGCUUUAUUACCGACAGCGGUGACCCCCUACAAGAAUACGAUCUCUCCGAUGAAGACGAUGCGCUAAACGAAGGAGUGCGCGAACGCCGGAGAAUCAAACAACAUUUCGCCUUGCCAGGUGUCCAAGCUGGCCAGUUCGCCUCGAAGAAAUCGCGCCUCUUCCUUCUUCACCAGGUCGCCUUUUCCGCAGACAGCAGAAGCUGGGCUGUGGCUACUUCACACGGUCUUUAUAUCUUCAGCUUAGACUCGAAGAGCGGAAUGUACGCGGCCUUCGGAACCUCCUCACGACUUGCAUGCGCACCGCCACCGAUGCUGACGGCGAACGUCACGACGGGAAGCAUCUCACGAGCGCUGGACCGGCGCGAAUAUGCGAAGGCGUUCAUCCUCAGCUUGGUGUUGAAUGACCUGCCGACACUGUUGUCGAUCUACGAGGCGAUCCCUCCGUCUUCCGUCGUUCUUGUCUGUUCCUCUCUUGCGCCGGCGUUGCUGCCUCCUCUCCUCUUCUUCCUCCAUCUUCUGGUCUCCACGGACGUCGGCGUGGGGACGCCCCACCUUCAGUUGCAUCUUCUGUGGCUACGGAGCGUCAUGAAGCUCCACAUGCACGUAUUCCAAGGGGUCUCUGUCGAUCUGCGAACGCUCUUCCUGUUGAUUCUCCGCCAGUUACAACAGCAACAGGCGAACCUUCAUGCGCCAUUCUGCUCCAAUCUUCACACUCUCGCCUUCAUCAACGCGUCGAUCAGAAACAACCGACCCGAGCAGGAGGCCCUCUGUCCCAGUUGA